GUCACAUCAAUUUCUGUUAAACAUGAAAGGCCAUAGAGAUGAAUCUGGUAUGGUUCCGGAUAUUAGAACCCUCAGCUCUCCAGCCAGGAGUGUUGGCUUGAACCGGAUCACUGAUGAAAGCGUUGAAGCUGCUGCAUCUGUGUCAGGAGGAAAGCUGCAUAAAUGGAUUGCUGGGAGCUUUUGUCUCUUAUGUAUCCUACAGGCUGCUCUCAAUGUUUCCCUGCGUCUGGCUCUGCGUACUGAUGUUACCUGUGAAAAUCGAACUAAUGUAGAAGACAGUUUGAAGAAGAUCAACUUUGCUUUGCAGGAUUCUAUGAAUAAGGAGCGAGAAGAGCAGGAGAGGCAACUCGAUUAUAUUGCUUCACAGCUGAAUUUCCUGACAAAAGAGAGAGAGGAGUUGAAGAGGAAGCUAGAGGACUUUGCUCACUAUGCGCAACAAGGUUGGCUGUAUUUCAACAGCAGUUUCUAUUAUAUUUCUUCAAUCACGAAAACUUGGCAAGACAGUAGAGAUGACUGUUUGCAGAGAGGCGCAGUCUUGGCGAUCAUCAGCAACACAGAAGAACAGGAAUUCAUAAGGCUGCAGCAGAAGGUAAUGUGGAUUGGACUGACUGACAGAGAGACAGAAGGAGUUUGGAAAUGGGUGGAUGAGACUCCAUUGACGGCAAGCUUCUGGUACUCUGGGGAACCCAACAAUUUUAAACGCAGAAAUGAAGAUUGUGUAGUAAUAAAUCACUACUAUGAUUAUGAAAACAACUGGAAUGAUGCUGCAUGUGAAAACCUAAACUUUUGGCUCUGUGAAAAAGACAUGUGAAACAUGUGGGUUACAGUUUUGCUUUGUUCCUGCUAAAUAGUUUUAAUAAAAUAUCCUGCAUUAAAAAA